AUGCCGGGGCCGCGCCGGGACCGCCCGGCCGUGCUGCUGCUGCUCGGAGCCUUGCUGGCCGCCGAUCUCUACUUCCACCUCUGGCCCCGGGCACGGCGGGAGCUGGCGGCGAGAGCCCCGGGCUGUGCCUGCCGCCGCCGAUCUGCCGCCGCUACCGCCACCGCUCCGCCGCCCCGCUCCCGAGCAGCCUCCGCGCUGCGGCGGCUCUUCGCCCACCCGCUGUACCGAGCCGCCGGCCCGCGGGGCCCCGCCGAGCCGCUGCUGGGCGCCCGCGAAGCCCUCAGAUACUACCGGCGGAAGGCGGCUCGCUGGAACAGGCGACACAAGCUUUACAGGGAGGAGCUGAACCUAACCUCCCCAGCAGCCCCCCUGCUGCUGCGGCCAGAGGCCAGCUGGCUCCAGUUCCAGCUGGGCAUCAGCCGGGAUGGGCUCUACCCACGCUCCAGCCCCGCUGUCAACAGGCUCCUCCGGGACAUGCAGGGCUUCACCACUAUCAGUGCUGACUACAGCCAGGACGAGAAAGCACUGCUGGGAGCCUGUGACUGCAGCCAGAUUGUGAAGCCCAGUGGUGUGCACCUGAAGCUGGUCCUCAGGUUCCAGGAUUUUGGGAAAGCCAUGUUCAAGCCCAUGAGGCAGAAACGUGAGGAAGAGACUCCUGAGGACUUUUUCUACUUCGUUGACUUCCAGCGGCACAAUGCAGAGAUUGCUGCCUUCCACCUGGACAGGAUCCUGGAUUUCAGGAGGGUGCCACCCACAGUUGGGAGGUUGAUCAAUGUCACCAAGGAGAUCCUGGAGGUCACCAAGAAUGAGAUCCUGCAGAGUGUCUUCUUUGUCUCACCAGCCAGCAACGUGUGCUUCUUUGCCAAGUGCCCCUACAUGUGCAAGACGGAGUAUGCAGUGUGUGGGAACCCUCACCUCCUGGAAGGGUCCCUCUCUGCCUUCCUGCCCUCCCUCAACCUGGCCCCACGGCUCUCCGUCCCAAACCCCUGGAUCCGGUCCUACUCGUUUGAUGGAAAAGAGGAGUGGGAAGUGAAUCCACUCUACUGCAACACGGUGAGGGAGAUCUACCCCUACAGCAACGGCAACCGGCUGCUCAACAUCAUCGACAUGGCCAUCUUUGACUUCCUGAUAGGGAACAUGGACCGGCACCACUAUGAAAUGUUCACCAAGUUUGGGGACGAUGGCUUCCUCUUACACCUGGACAAUGCCAGAGGGUUUGGGCGACAUUCCCAUGACGAGACCUCCAUCCUGGCCCCGCUCUCCCAGUGCUGCAUGAUCAAAAGGACCACCCUGCUGCGGCUGCAGCUCCUGGCCGAGCCUGAGUACCAGCUCAGUGAUGUGAUGAGGGAAUCCCUCCUGCAGGACCCCCUGGCACCCAUCCUCACUGAACCCCACCUCUUGGCUUUGGACAGGAGGUUACAGCUUAUCCUGAAAGCUGUGAGGAAAUGCAUAGACACCUAUGGAGAAGCCAAGGUGGUGGCCAAUGACACCAUGCAGCCUGAGGCUCCUGCGUCUGACAGAGUGAAGCUGACCACUUAAAAGUCCUUAACUCA